UCUAUACUAAGUUUUGUAUUGCAAAAUGUAUAUCAAAUUUGCGUUGUUAUGUUUUAGUAUUGUGCAAUGUACUUGGGGCUAUCAUAAAUUGGUAGGAAUACCGAGGGCAAGAGCUAUAAGGGUAGCGGAAGGGUCAACGCGAAUCGUUGGAGGAUCUCAAGUUACGACGCUGAAUUCAUUCUCUUAUCAGGCUGGUAUCGUAGUCACUCUAACCACAGGAGCGCAAUCAAUUUGUGGCGGUUCGAUAGUAUCUACCACCAGGGUCCUCACAGCUGCCCACUGCUGGAGAGAUGGUCAGAUGCAAGCUAGAAAGUUUACGAUCGUUCUCGGAUCUUUGAGAAUAUUCUCCGGAGGAACAAGAGUUGAUACUACUGAUGUUGUUGUACAUCCGCAAUGGAAUUUUAAUGAUAUAACUAACGAUAUUGCUAUGGUUAAAAUGGCAGGGGUUACUUUAAAUGCAAAUAUACAACCAAUUGCGCUACCGACAACCUCGGAAGCGAACGAUCAUUUUGCGGGUCAAGCUGGUAUUGCUUCUGGGUAUGGGAAAACCAGAGAUUCACAAAAUAGUUUUCCGUCGACCACAGCGUUGUACCAAGUGACAUUAUCGGUUCUCACGAACGCGCAGUGUCAACAAAGGUUCGACAUGCGACUGCACAGCAGCCAUCUUUGUACAGACGGAGUCCGCGGCGUUGGGACAUGUGAAGGAGAUUCCGGUGGCCCGUUGACUAUAGUCUGGAAGAAUCGUCGCAUUUUGAUUGGUAUUGUUUCAUUCGGUCUAGGUGACGGCUGUCAACUAGGGCUCCCGUCAGUUUACACUCGAGUGACCUCUUUCCUUCCAUGGAUAAAUUCUAACAUGUAAAGAUUAUUUAAAAAGA